AGUAUUAAGUCAGUGUUCCUUCGUCGUUGUAGUAUUGAGUUAGUAUUUGUGUUUUCUUUUGUAUACACUAUACAAGUACGAGGAAUAGUUUGAGAGUACCUAAACGUUAAAAGUGAAAGUUUAUACAAUGUUUUCGUGUAAUUGCUAUACUAAAUAUUGAAUAAUAUAAAUCUAAAUUUUAAUAAGCCGUUCAUCACUACGUAAAAAUGGAAGAAGUACAUACAAACGGCGAUUUAAGGAAGAGAAAGUAUGAUGCUCACGACGCAAACGAUAUUUCAUCCCUCAAAAAGGAAACAAAGCCUGAAGUAACUGAAUAUCAGCCUUCCAACAAUAAGACAAUUGGUUUAAUUUUUGUAUCUCUUCUUUUGGACCUGCUCGCAUUUACAAUGAUUUUGCCUUUACUACCGUCGCUAUUGGACUAUUAUGAUAAAGAGGAAGGUCAUAAAGCAACUUUAUACUCUUCUCUUUUAAAUGCCGUCCAAAGAUUUCAGAAAAUAACUGGCGCUCCUGAAAGAUUUGCCUCUGUUUUAUUUGGAGGUGCACUAGGAUCUUUGUAUAGUUUUUUACAAUUCUUGACAAGCCCUAUAGUAGGAAGCCUUUCAGAUGCUUAUGGAAGAAAGCCCUUAUUACUGUUAUGUCUGAUAGGAAUAGCCUUAUCUCAUGGCUUAUGGAGUUAUGCUAGUUCAUUCAGCCUGUUUGUGUUAGCAAGGUUUAUUGGUGGUUUAAGCAAGGCCAAUGUUAGUCUUAGCAUGGCAAUUGUAACUGAUGUUUCCAAUGAUAAAAAUAGAGCUAGAGGCAUGGCUUUAAUAGGUUUGGCAUUUUCAAUAGGUUUUAUUGUGGGUCCUUUGGCCGGUGCUUGGUUUGCAAAAAACAAUGAUAAUUCCUGGGGCAUGUGGGGUGAACGACCUGCACUGUAUGCUCUGUCCCUAUCUGUUGCAAAUAUACUUCUUGUCACUUUUUGUAUACCAGAAACAUUAUCAAAGGACAAACGAUCGUCACUGUCACUAAGCCUAUCAAAAUCCCUUGAUUAUGUGUCUCCAUGGCAUUUAAUGAGAUUCAGUGCUGUAAAAAACUUAACAGCUAAACAGAGCAAAGUUCUGUAUAAGUUGGGGCUAAUUUACUUCAUCUAUCUUUUCACGUAUUCUGGACUGGAGUUUACUCUCACAUUUUUGACGCAUCACACAUUUAAAUACACUGCCAUGCAGCAGGGUAAAAUGUUUCUAGUGAUAGGUGUUAUUAUGAGUGUCCUACAAGGAGGUGCGUCACGGCGUCUAGGCGCGCGCGGAGCUGUACGCGCGGCUCAACUUGCAUUGGUGUUAACUCCACUUUCCUUCUUAUGUGUCGCACAAGCCGCUGUCCCGCGACCAGCUCUCAUGAGCCCUCUCGCUUGGUUAUGGGCGGGGCUUGUACUAUUUGCUCUGUCAACGGCUUUUGCGGUAUCGUGUAUGACAUCGAUGGCGGCGUCUCAUUCACCUGAAGACUCUCGAGGGGCCGUUUUGGGCACAUUACGAUCUCUCGGAGCCCUAGCUCGCGCCGCUGGUCCUUUAAUUGCUUCCACAGUAUAUUGGUGCUCAGGCGCAGCUGUAACCUACACCAUUGGUGCGGUAAUUCUAAUCAUUCCAGCUGUUAUGUUGUGUAGACUGAAAACGUAAACCUUCAAAAGGUUCUUUAAUAUUGUUCACUGCCAACAAGUUAUUUGUUUAAAUUUGUACGGGAACAUCAAUUCUAAUAUGUUUCAAUUUUUUAUUGCUUUUUUUGCGAUAACGAUAACAAAGAUUUUUUAUUGUCAUAGAGUAAGUUUUGGAGUCGAGGUUUAGCGGAAAUUACGAAUGUCAAAAACGUUAUACAUUUGUGAUGGUGGGGUCAUAGUUCGCGCUAGGUCUGGCUUGUCUAAUUUCAAAAUAGGUAUAACAACAAAAUCGAUAACAAAAAAACAAUAAUGAACCUUAAAAUAUAAUAACUAAAAUAUAUUAUUAAAAGAAGUCCCUUUAGGCAAGGUUCCGAAGAUAUAGCAGCGUUCCCUCUUUGAAUAGCUAGACUAAAUCUUUGUCCGAGGUAGCUGCCAGCUCUUCGGUCUCCUGUGAUGUCGACUAACCUUUUUGCUAUUUCCUUAAAAAGCCUUAUAGCGCUAGGACCCCACGGACCAAGGGUCUCAACACCGAAUGGGACGAAAUAAUAUUCGGAGCCUGUAAAUUGUGUUACAUAUAAUAAAAAAAAUUGUUUUGGCUUAGGUGGAUUAUAUAUAUUGAUGUGCAAUCAUUUAAGAUUUUUGUAUUUUAUCCGCGAUAAAUUAAAAUCAUUUAUUCGUCGCGAACAAAAAGCACAUUGAUUUAUUUAUUUUUAAAAUGUAUGUUGAGCUAUAAGUGCAAUUGUGUGAUUGUUUUAUUUAUGAACAAAGUUCUAUUAACUUUAAAUUUCCGAAGUAUUAAAUUAUUAUUUGAAGUAUUUAGUAGGGUUACAUUUGAGCAAAUAGGAGUACUGUUAAGUACUGACUGAAAUAAAAGACUAUUUGUAGUAUUGCUAGUAAAAAAUUAUAAGAUUAAAAAAUCAGUUAUAUAAAUAAACGAAACGUGAGUUGAUAUUGUCUUGCAAACCCGAAUAUUUGUGUAAUAUUUUUUUAUAAACAGUAACUAUAAGCCGUGUUUAAUAUUUAUUUACUUCGUUAUAUAACCGUUUAUUAUUUAAAACAUUACGAGACUUUUUUAUCAACUAUGUAUUUAUAAUCAACAUUUCAUAACCAUUUUGGUAUCUGCGGGACAAAAACCUGGCUUGACCAACAUUUGAAUUUUAUUGAUAUAAAUCAAGACAAACUAUAAAUGUGAGAUGAUGUCAUUUACUGCCGGUAGAAGGUUUUUGUUUCACUUGUGAUAUUAACUGGUUAUGAAACAUACAACAUUCAAGUGUUUUAAAGUAUUGUUUACAUAAUUGGAAUUUUUCCAGAUUUUUUUUUCUACAAUAUUUCAGAUUUAUUACCUUUUUAAAAAUAAUAUAUCAGUAUUAAAGUA